CGCACACACACACGCACACGCAGGCACACACGCCCGCCCGGCCGCAGCAUGCCCGCCUGCUGCCCGCCCGCCUGACUGCCCGCCCGCCCGCCGGCCUGGGGCGCAGCCGCUCCGGACGGAUCUGUCACCCCGCGCCGGGGACACGCAGGAACCCAGCCACGCAGCCAGCCAGCGGGGCGGGGGCGGCGCCGCAGGGGGCCAGGCGGGACCCCAGCCCCCGCCGGCGGACGGCGAGCGCCCCGGGCGCUGGCGGAGCCCGGCCAGUUCAUUGACUGCGAGGAGCCACGGACGCUUUGUGACCUGAUGGGGGACUCGGGAUCCAGACGAUCGACUCUAGUGUCUCGGUUGCCAAUAUUCAGGAGAAGUAUUAGCCGGAGACAUGACUCCCUGCCUUCAUCACCUUCUUCUGCUAAUGCCAUUGGUAUCCAUACCUCCUCUCCAUCCAGCACUAAUUCCAGCUCAGGGAGCACAGGCAAGCGCCGGAGUAUUUUCCGCACUCCUUCCAUUAGCUUCCAUAACAAGAAGGGGAGUGAGCAGAAGCCUGACUCGGCUAGUCAAAAUGUGAACAUCUCAAAUGGUGCUCAGUCCUCUCUCAGCACUUUUCAAAAACUGAGUUUAGAGGAACACAUUAAAAGCAGAGGAAGGCAUUCGGUUGGCUUUGGCAGCUCACGUAGCAAGAAGAUAACAAGGUCUUUGACAGAUGAUUUUGAAAAGGGAAAGGAGCCCUCAGCUAAUAAGAAUGUCUUUAUAAAUUGCAUAAGCUCUGGGAAGAACGAGGGUGAUGACUCAGGCUUUGCAGAGGAGCAGAGCCGUUACUCUGUCAAACAGUCCACGCGAAAACUUCUCCCUAAAUCUUUUUCAUCGCACUACAGAUUUUCCAAACCAGUUCCGGAGAGUCAAUCGGUUUCCUCUGUGCAGCCGUCAAGGUGCUUGUUGGAAGUUAAAUCAUAUGUGGAAAGUGAACCUGUGAUUGCCAAGUCCACUCCUCCGUGUUCGGCUGAGACAACAGAGUGCAUGGGAAGCUCCUUGCAGUCCCCGUUGCUCUCGGCUGACCUCACGGCUGCCCAGACCCCUUCUGACUUCGUUGCCCUGACGGAAGAUUCCGUUUCAGAGGUUGAUGCUCUGCCCAGCAGCGGGACUGGGGCGCUGCUCACAGAGGAUUAUGGCCACCAUGUCUCUACCUCUCAGAUCAUCUUUAAUCCUGCUGCUGCUCCUGCGAGGGAAAUGGAUAUUGUGGAUGGCCAUUCUGCUGAUGCAUCUCCUGUGAGUCACGCAAGCUUGUGUAGUGUUGAAUCAAAUACCUUAUUCAAAACCUCAGCUGCUAAUCAAACAAAAGUAUUGUUGCAAGCUAAUGAACUACACAUUAAUGAUGCCAGGCACACAGGAGAAAUGAACUCAGCAAAUGCACAUUUAGAAACCUUUGUGUUACAGCAUAGAGAAGAUCGAGCGAUGCUCUCUCCAAAGGCACAGGCGUUGAGCAGGGACAGAGGUGAAAGCACGCCAUCCAAACACACAAGGGACACAGUUCCUGUAAUGGAGUCUAGGAUUGUUCUGUGUUCUGAACCACAGUCGUUUAAAACACAACAGGAUUACGAAACAAACUGUUCUAAAGUUGAUCUUGCCAAUAGCCUCAGUCCGUACCGAGAAGGCAGAUUUGUUGAGAAACGACUGAGGUCCUCUUCAGAAGGUACUGCUGGGGGCAGUCGGCUGAUCAUAAAACCAAAGGAUGGAAAUACAGAAGAGCUUAACAGCUUACGGAAGCAGAGAGCAAGCUCAUCCUCUUCAAAGAUGAACAGCAUGGAUGUUUUGAAUAACUUGGGUUCCUGUGAGUUGGAUGAAGAUGACCUAAUGCUUGACUUGGAGUUCCUAGAAGAACAACAUCACCAUCAUUCUGUUUGCCGGGAAGACUCAUACCAGUCAAUAGUCUCAUGUGCUGCUGUAGUACUUACCCCUGUAGAGCCGACAGUGGAUGCAAGGAAAAAAGAACAGCCAAUAAUGCCUGAUCUGUCUAAACAGAACCUAUCUCUGAAGCUGUCGAAGGAGGUUGACCAAGGAGAAGCCAGGUACCCUCGUGUUAGCCAGCUGGCUGGCAGCCCAUCUGUGGAGUGGCCUUUUACUGGUCUGGAAGAAGGUGGAGGCAUUGAAUCUUUGCCCUUCAGAUUGAUGCUGCAAGAUUGCACAGCUGUAAAGACAUUGCUUCUGAAAAUGAAGAGGGUUCUUCAAGAGAGUACAGACAUGAGUCCAGCUAGUAGCACCACCUCACUCCCUGUCAGCCCUCUUCCUGAGGAGCCGUUAUUUUUCAAGGAUGGAAUAAAAGAUGAAUGCUCAGUGCUGAAGCUACAGCUGAAAGAAAGAGAUGAACUCAUAGCCCAACUUCGUGAGGAGCUGGAAAAGGCUCAGUGCUUUCAGAAGGCUCUUGCUUCCCAAGCAGAUAAAUCCACGCAGACAGAACUCAUAGGCCAUGAUGGCACAGCAUUUGGAAGUGCUCCUGUACCUUCUCGCAGGCAAUUAUGCUACAUAUCCAAACAGAAUGGUGAGCCAAAAUCUCAGCACAAGGGACAGAAAGUCAGCACAUACUCCCAUCGAGGACCCUUUUAGAUACUCCUCAGGCAACCAAGCAAUGGCCUAUGAAAGCAAGAGCUGUCAGCUGUCUAAUUUGUGUCUGAGCAACCUCCUAAAAGAGAAGGAGAUCGUGGAAGUCAUCAAGCACACUAGAGGCACAUACGAAGCCCUCUCUUCAGAGGUCACCCAGAACGGUUUGGCCACCACGGCACCAAGUACAGCAAAGCCAGCAUCCAAGACAGACAGCUACCCAAUGUUCUCAGGAGCUCCAAAAGACCAAACUGCUGUACCUCGGCAGCACACCACUUUCACAGGCAGACUCGGACAGCCUCCAAGGGGGCCCAUCUCUUUACACAUGUACAGCAGAAAAAAUGUUUUCCUUCACCACAAUUUACACACAGCAGAGCUACAGACUUUAGGUCAACAAGAUGGGUAACCAGGUGCUUGUAUUCUUUCCAUGGAAGGAGAGUUGAUUAAAGAGGAACAUAAACUCACCUAUAGAUCAGUCUUCAGUUUUCAUCUGCUGCUACCUGAAAAAAAAUAAAGUAAAAAAUUAACAUUGUCUGUAGGUUCCAUACUUUCUCAUCUGGGACUGUCACAAAAGGAUGAACUAGGUUGUCAGGUAACUAGAUUGAUUUGUCAUGCAGAAGUCAUAAUGGGUAUAAUAAAUGGGACCAUUUGGCUGGCAUUGCUAGUCCAAAAUUGGCUAAAUAUUUUUUUCCCCCCUCUAUAAGCCAUUAUCAUUCUCUGAAGUUCUAGAAGGUGAUCUUAAAUAAUACUGUGUAUGUUUAAUAAUGUUACUGUUAAAGUAGAUGUGAGGAAUGAAUAGACAAGUAAUUAGUAAACCCUCUUGAAUUUCAUAGAGACUAGGGAAAUAAGGAGUCAGAAAUCUUUGAGGACCCUCUUUUUACACUUUUUUUAAUACAAUGAAAUUUGCUCACCUGUAGAGGUGUAUUACCACUUCUUGCUGUAUGUACUUUAUUAAUGCCUCGUGCCACAGGUAGAGGAAUUGACUGAUUUUCCUCUACAGCAAGGAUCAUAGAGGCUUUCUGAGUAUUUGAGUCAGUAAUUGGGUCCCAAAUUAAGGAUGUCAGCUUGGUGCCUCAACCUUCUCUUCCUUCUCCCCACCUUUAUUUAGCUACAUUUGUUCGACUGGUUUUUUUUUUCCAUGGGGGCAUGUCAAGUUGUGGUGAUGUUUGUGCUGUACAGGCACUGUAUCACUCAUGACACAAUGUGACAUUCUAUGCUAUGUAAUGCAUCAUAUAAUUUCGUUUCACUUCCCAAACCAAAAAUGGGUGGAAGACUAAAGUGAGAGAAAUUGUCUUAUUACCCAGUCCAAAUUACCUGUGUAAGUCAUAAUUUCUGUAGACUGUAUCAUAUGCACUUAACGACCUGGUUUAUACCAUGUCAGUGGGUUUACUGGUCCUGACAUAUUACACACCAGUGAGAUUAAUCUAAUGCUGCCUGACAUGUAGCAUACUGGUCUCAUAGGAAUAUGAAAUCAUCUAAUCACACCAUAGAACUUGUAGACUUGUCAGUAGCAAAAGAUCCUGUUUUUCCCUUUCAGAGGGCUUGAAAACAGGCAUCUCAGUCAAUUUACUCUAAACAUGUCACUUAUACUGAACAUGACACUUAGUUUACAAUGUCUCUGAUGGAGGGUAAUCUGUUUGAAUGAUAAUAGGAUAUAUAGUUAGUAGAUUAUAAAUAAUGUGGCUUAAAUACAAUUGAGACAGAUCUGAGACAAGUCACCUCUGUCUUUAACUGGUGAUUUAAUAAUGAAAGACAAAGGAGCAUCACAUAAAGAACCAAACUGAUGUGACUUUACUGAAGUAGCUUAUAAUGAAAAAUGAAGCUUCUGUAGCCACAAAAAAAAAUAAUGCUGUAACUUUUAAAAGGUAAAUCGCAUAGGGCAUAUAAAAUUAAUUAAUCACACAAAAUCUACCUAAUGUUAAAUAUAUCUGCUUAACUACUUAAUAUUUGGAUUAAUACAAGGGUUGGUUAGAUUAAGAAAAAAAUAAACUAGGAGCUUGGCAGAUAUUCUGCAAAGUAAUUUCAGCAGCAUAAACUUUCAGGAUUCUAUUUAUUGAUGGCUUUAAUUUGGUUAGAGCAAAUUUUAUGACAUUAUCUGAUGUUGAAGAGAGCAGGUUUUGUCUAAAUAUUCUGUAGUGGUAAUUUUGUGUAUCCAGAGCUGGAUACAUAAGAACCAAGACAAACAUUUGCCAAACUUCUUCAUGGUCGUGUGUGCUUUGCUACUGCCAAAACAGAAUGUGCAAAAAUCACAAACACAGCUUGACCGAAUUAACUAUGGGUAUUCACGACUCCCAGUCCUGAAUUGAAACUCAUAGUUUAAAGCCUACCAAAAAAGUUAAAAAUAGUAGUAACAGAAUUUCACUACUCAGAAUCACAUUUCUUCUGAGCAAUCUCAUGAAGUCAUGGUAGAUUGAAAGGACAGUUGGUUCUUACAAUACAUUUUAGUCUUGCUCAUCUCAAAUGUUGAUGUAUGCAAUUAUAUUUAAGAUCUGUAAAUAAAUUAACAUACACAGUAAUCAAGGAGAUUUUUUUUCCAGGAUACAAAUGCACAAUACUACAUUAAAAAAAAAAACAACAAACAAAAGAUAAAAAAAAAAACCACCCCAACAAAAAACCUCUACAAUUUUAACUUAUGUGCUGAAUCUAUAGUUGUUUUUUGUCCUGGAAUAAUAGACUUUUGGAUUACACUUUAUUAAAAAAAUCCAUCUAUACAUUUCAAAAAGAACAUUUUAAAUGCUACUAUUUUCUUGGAGAAUCUUUUAUAAAGCUGAUACUUAAAAAAAACGGGAGAAAACAGUUCAAUUAAAGUGAGGGAUAUUUUUAAAAUGUCAUCUUGAAUCUGUUUUAUAUCAGUAUUUUCAGCAUUGUUAUGUCAUUUGUAAUACUAAGUGUAAAUCUCACCUGGAGAAGGGUAUUAGCCACAUGUUAAUGUACAGUACAGCAGUAACUUUAAAACAGAGGUCCUUCAUUUGAUCCUCUUGUGUAUAUAGUAAAUCAUAAAACAACAGCAUGUGGGCAUUCUUGCAGUGAAUUGAUUCCUUUGUACUAAAAAUCUCUAGUUUUUUAAGAGUUCCAUGUAUAAAAUUAUUUAUACAUUUCUCCAAGGCUGUACAUAUCCAAAGACAUGACACCAGGGGGAAAAGGCACUUAUUAUUUUUUCCACAGAUGUACCUUUUUUUCCUUUUUUUAAAAUAUGUUUCUGUAUAACAAAGCAUAACUGUAAAAUUUCUACUGAAAAUUACUUCUUGUUACUUCUGUAUCUUUUAGGGUGUUAGAGGGCAUUUUAAGAAGGAGGAAAUCCCCAAAGAAAAGCUGUUCCCAUUUGAAGCAAUGUCCCAUUUUUUCAAACAAUCACUGGUCAAAAGAAACAUUAGAUCUGUGUCCUAAAUAUUUUUUAGUAAUUUAAUAGAGCCACACCUGAAAGUAUAUCAUCUCUAGGCUUACCCUUAUUUUGCUUACCAGAAUACUUCUACAAGAUGUGUUUAUAAGAUACAGUAAGAUGCUAGGGCCAACCCUGGUCACAAAUCAUUAAGAUGGAAGGAAAACUUGUCCAGUACUGUUAUUAUAUUUGGCUUUCAGAGCAGUGGAAAUGUUUUUUUGGUAUACCUUGUACACAUGAAUGAAGUUCAAGCUGUGUACUGGUGCAUACCAGAGGGAUAAGUAUUACUACAAGCCUCUUCUUCAUUUAGACUAUUUACUGACAUCUCAAAGCAUGCAGCGACAUAAAUUUCUGCCACCUUUUCGAGAUGGUCUGACCCUCUAUACCUAAAAUGAAACAGCCAGAAUGGAUUCCUUUUUUUCAAUCCAGACUGUUUUAUUUAACUUCAUUGCUUUUCAUUCCAAAAUACACGCAUCCACAUGAAUGUUAGAAGGACUUUCCUUACAUGUCUUUUUUCUGGAAAUUUUUAAAGAGACUAUAUCCAGACUAAGAUGUUCACAUGAGGUUUAGAUAAGCAUUGGAAAGCUUACCUAGGAUAUUCAUGUUUGUCCUACAAGUUCAUUGCAGUAACUGCCUAAAAGUUUAUAUUUUUUCCUUUCCUAAAAGCCAGUAUGGAAGUACUGAUUUCUGUCUGUGCUGAUUCACUUUAUACUGUUAAAUACACAGUAUAUUCUCCAAACUAAAAAAAAAAAAAAAAAAAAAAAAAAAAAAGUCUAUUUACGAGUCAAUACUGUAGUUUAUAUGCCAUAACUGUUGUGCCAUAUCUCCACUGGUUUGAUGAUUGAUGUAACACUGACUUCAAUCAGAAUAUACUGAGUUAAGUCACCUGGUGUGGCCUUUAAUCCAAUUAGUCUCAGUUUAUACAUAGGAGACCUCUGAAAUCAGAAAUUUCUCCUGGUUUACAGAAAAGACAAGAAAAGAUUUAAUUUAGCAAAAAUGCCAUACAAUCUAUAGUGAAUGUUCUUUUUUUUUCCCCUUCACAUUAACAAUAAAAAUAAAAAUAAUUUAAAAAAAAAUCCAUGCAGGACUCUUCAUACAUCUAUGCACAUCAUAAAUGAAGUCCAGUAGAGUAAAAGUGACCUCUAACAAAACUUUAAAAUAACUACCUGGAGAAAAAAAUCCAGAGGAGUCCUCUUACAGAUGUUUGUAGUGGUUCAAAAGCAUACUGAAUCCGAGUGCAUUAAUGAAAUAUGUCCUAUGCCCUCUUUUUUCCACUCUUGCUACUGGUGAUUUAUUUUUUUUUUCUGGAAGAGAAUUUACUGUUUGAAGCUUGUUCCACAUGAGCCAGGCAGUACGGAGUGAGAAAGUACAUUGAAAGUAAUGGUGAAGGUGUUUUCCCAGCUUGGAGAAACACACAGCACCAUUUCCAGGAUCUAUUUUAGUGUUUUCUAGUUAGCAAGAAGUUGGCAGAGAUCUCUCAGGAGAACAUACUCAAAUCAUGCAGGCCAUGACUGCCUUUAAAAGGAAUUUACUGUAAUGUCCUCUGUAAGGCACUUCUAAGAUCAUUGGGAAAUUUCAGCAGCUGCAGAACAUAUCUUGCUCAUAUUUAUUUUUUUUAAAGAUAAAAAUGCCAUGUGCUGUUUUUAACCUAGUAAACUCUCUCUGUGUGGAUCUUGUGUCCUCACUGACAAUCUGUCCAGGUUGUGAGAGUGUAUCCAGUAUGAUGCAUAUCAUACUAACUCCUAGUAUAAAAGACACUAGAUAUCUGUCCUCUCUGAGGGGCUUGAGAUUUGCAGUGUAAUUUCAGUCUAGGAGAACUGUCUGGAUGUAAUUAUCUUCAAGGAUUUUCUGUUGCUGCAAAGUUAAUAGUAAAGGAACAUACUGAAGUAUUUCAAAACUUUUUUGUGGUUAAUUUUAUUUUAAAAUACAGUUAAAAUAUCUCUCUGUAUCCAAAUAAAAGAAAAAAAAAAACUUUUGUUAGCAUAAAUGUCCUAUAAAUCUGAGAGAAUUUGUAGCCACAGCUGUCAUUUGCAUUUUGUACAGCUGUGAAAUAUUUUUGGAUGUGCCAUUUUUGUUACCUUCAUUACCAGUAAAUCAUUACCCUAGUUAUGGGUCCUUUUGCCCUCAGUCCUGUAUUUGAAACACAAAUGGAGGACUGUUGAGGAUUUCUGCAGAGGUAAUCCUGGUCCUAUGAAAAGCAGGGCAACUAUAAACUUACUUGAAGGUCCCUACAUGAUUCCUGGGGGUGGAAUACCUAUUCUGAUUGUUCUUAACUAUGAAAGAUUUGUAAGGAUCUGAUGGAUGCAGCAUCAUAUCAGCCAGCUUUCCAAAACCCUAUAGAGGUUAUAAAGCAGAAACUGCUCCACUGAGGACAUCUUUCUAGCAUGCAAAGAAUAUCUCCUCCUGUUUUGUAUAGUGACCCUCAGUGUUUCUCUCUGGAUUUCAGAAACAUUCCCUUUAGGUAUGGACUUGUGCUGGUUAUGUAGACAGGUUGCACCAUAGUGUCAUUCUGCUUUAAGAAGGCUCCACUGGAUUUUUGUAAUCUCUAAUCAUUAUAAUAUUUAAUAUUUUCUCCCAGAACUGUUGUACUGCUGCUAGAACAGCAAGCAGUACAUCACAGAAAAAAUUCUGCUUCCUGACUGAAGGCUCCAGCUCUGUUGAUGUGUUGUGGUUACAGCUGAUAUACAUCAACCCCAAAAGACUGAUAAACUUACUUAAGCACCUGUAUAAACAAAUGCAUUGCCUGAUUUAAGCCUGCUUUCAUUGCAUUGAAAAGGGCUUAAUAGGGUAGUUUUUAAAUGUAUAUCAACAGUAGUAGUAGAAUUUUAAUUUAUUUUGAUUUUCCACUACGUCAAUGCACUUUAUGUGAAGGCUUAAUAUGAACUACAAAUUAGCUUGUAUUUUUUUUGUUACCUUAAGUAGAUUUCAACAGGGUUCAGAAAUUUCUUCUUAACUUCAAGCUUGUGAACAGUCCCAUCAAAGUAAAACAAUCAAAUCCUGCUUCUCUGACAAGGUAACAAAUGAAU